UUAACCUCCUCAUUCUUUCAUUCAACACAAAAACUGAACAAAUUCAAACAAAAAGACAUGUCUGCCUGCAGCAAAAUCCGCCACAUUGUUCGGCUCCGCCAGAUGCUAAAACGGUGGCGCUUGAAGGCCGCCGCCGCCUCACGCAGCGCACCCUCAGACGUCCCGGCCGGACACGUAGCUGUCGCCGUCGGCACCACCUGCAAAAGAUUCGUCGUUCGAACUGCAUACCUAAACCACCCAGUUUUCAAGAAACUGUUGAUCCAGGCCGAGGAGGAAUAUGGAUUCACCAAUUCGGGCCCACUGACCAUUCCUUGCGAUGAAUCACUCUUUGAAGAGAUCCUUAGAUACUUGGCCCGCAAGGAAUCGAAUCAAAAUAAUUCGGCCCGAUUCAUGAGCUUUGAGGAUUUCCAACGAUACUGCCACGUCGGAAUCAGAAGCAACAUUGAGUUCUGGGCCGAGUCACGGCCGCUUUUAUAUUCUGACAAGUCUAUAUGCUAAAUAGACUUCAACAAAUUGCUCGGAUUUUGACUCGGGUUCACUCGUUCGAUUUAGCUCACUUGCACAGCCUACAUUAACAAAUUCUGACGUUCCCAACAUGAAAUUGAGAUAAUUUUUCGUAUUUUCGUCGUUUUUUCUUGCUUUUCUCAUGAGAGGAGCAGUACGGAGUUGCUGAGCUGAAUCGAUCCUGCCCCGGAGAUGGCAAGUAGGUGAGCGAGUUGCCACCGAGUCGUCCCGGGUUCACUCGGAGUCGAGUCUGAAGGAGAAGAAAGAGUGGAGACACGAUACACACGAUUUUAAUUGAUUCAGUAAAACGCGACUUGUAAAGGAACUGAACCACGUUUCUGCAUUAUUCUAUUUAUCAUGGUACAUAAUUCUUUUUGAAAUAAUUGAAAUAUAUUAUUGUUCAAAAACAAUGGUUAUUGAUUGGUCUAACGUGCAAGCCUUUGCCAGUUAUU